AUGCCGGCGUCGACGGCCAUGCCGCCGCCGCCGUGCGACGAGGAGGUGCUCACGAUGACCGUCGGCUCCUACUCGGAGGCCACGAAGCUGGCCAACGGCAGUUGCAUCAAGUCUGCCCCGGUCCACGUCGGCGGCCACUCCUGGCGCGUCGUCCUCUACCCCAACGGGAGGCUCGUCGGCACCACCGGGUUCAUGUCCCUCUACCUCCAGAUGGACGAAGAUGAAGGAGGCGGCGGGGCAGCCGCCGCCGCCGCAGCCGGGGACGACGUCCACGUGGUGUUCAUUUUGAUGAUGCGCGACGUGGGAGGCCGGGCGCGGUAUCUCACGUCCGGCAAGGUCGCCGCCGCCUUCGGCCGGAAGGGGGACGCGUGCGGCAACGAACGCUUCGUCUCGCGCGAGCACUUCGUGGAGUUUUUCAAGAGCGGCGAUCGCUUCGCGAUCCGACGCGAAUGCGACCUCACCAUUUUUCCGGCGGGCAGUCGGCCAGAGCUCGGAGCCAGCCGCCGAGGUGUCGUCGUCACGCUCUCUAGCCACUCGAGUCCAUCCUGCGAGAAGGCACCGCCGCCAACAACGCCUGCCCCGGUGAAUCCAUCCGUCGGGAGGCCAGCACCACCGCCGUCAUCUACCUCGCCGGCGCCAUCUGAUGGGCCGAGGGGACAGCAGCCGCCGGAACCGCCCGUCCUGAGGGCCAGGGCGCCGCCGCUGUCCGGGCUGCACGCGGAUCUAGGCCGCCUCCUGGCGACGAAGGAAGGGGCAGACGUGGAGUUCGAGGUCGGCGGCAAGAUUUUCGCCGCGCACAAGUCCGUGCUCGCCGCCCAGUCGGCAGUUUUCAAGGAGGAGUUCUUCGGCCCGACCAAGGAGAAGGACACCAGCUACGUGCGCAUCAGCGACAUGCACCCGGAGUCGUUCAAGGCCCUCCUGCAUUUCAUGUACACCGACUCGUUGCCGGAGAUGACCAUGAAUUCACUGAAAGAGGGGGCCGUGCUCGCCGAGGAUCUCCUCAUCGCCGCCGGCCGGUACAACCUGAAGGAUCUCAAGUCACUGACGGAGAACAAGCUGUGCAGCCAUGUCGGCGUGAGCACGGUCCUGCUGAUGCUGGCAAUAGCGGAGCAGUACCAGUGCUGCAAGAUGAAGAAGAUGUGCCUAGGGUUCAUCGGUUCUAGAGCCAACGCGUGGGCGAUCAUUGCGACGAACGACAUUGAGAAUCUGGCAAGAAGCAGCCCCUCUGCCGUGAAGGAUGUGAUCGUUGAGAUUUUGGACACAAGGAUGGCGAGGAGCAAGCGUCUCAUCAAAGCUUUCAUUUUUGCUUGCUGUUUCCAGAUGCUUCUUUUGGUGUUUAUUUGGUAUUUUUAA